AUAGGAUUAUGCUACAUGGUGGUUAAUAUUACAGUCCUACUUAAUUGAUCUAUUCGAGUCGAAAAUGCAUUUCAGAAUUUAGUUUAACAUUUCAUGAGUUAGCAAGCCUACUGUAAAAAGCCUAGCUUAAAAUCAACGAAAACAAAUUUUUGAAAACGGAUAAUUUAUCAAAUAGCAAAAAAUUUGACUAAGCCGGCCAGUAUAAGAUUUUCGCAAAACGCUGACACAUCUCUUUUGAGCAAUUUGCGUCCAAAUUAAAAGGUUUGGGGAAAUACACUGACGCUGACACCCUCCUUAGGCUUGCGGAAAACACUUUUUUUCAAGACACAAGGUGUGGUAAAGUCCAAAGGAAGAGCCGCACAGGGUGAGUUGAGAGAUUGGGAUUUCGAAUUUAAGCGCAUAAGACUGAAUCAUUCAGUCAUCGCCUCGCGUCACCUAUUUUUAAAAACAAUGUUUUAACCACGAAUUCACCAAGGUAACAAAUACACGUGGCCUACAGCGACAAGUUGCUAUUAAUACACUGCGCUGUACGCUGAGGGGGAAAGUGCGCGAGUAUGGCUCUGUCGGACCUCGAAAACCAAGCACAUCUUGGGAACUGCUUAAAAUGUUCUGUUAAAUUCUAGGCUAAGCGUGGCUGAGCUUGCUUGGCAAACUCUGCAGAUUUGGGAAACAUGCAUACUGAUUGAUCUUUCUCGAGUAACAUCGUCUGCUGUAAAUGCGUUUGUUUGAAUGACAUCUAAUUCUCUUGACCUCCGGUGAUUGUAGUCAAUACCAUUUUUAUUUUACGCAUUUCCGCCAGAUAGAAGUCAGCACUUAAACAGAAAUUUUCAAAUGUCACUCUUGUGGCGGCCAGCCACCAUGACCAGUCUGGCGUCAUUGGUUAAGACCUCGCUUCAGUGAGCCCUUCCAGACGCGCUGACCUGAAGUCACACGACCGACAGCUCCGGCGUACCUGCGUCCGCACAGCCGCAACUGUCCAUGCGGCCACUUGAACGCACCCUCCCCGUGCAACCACAACCUAAGCCACUAGAGCACUACCCCUCGGCAAAUGUAACACACACUGGCUGGCCACCACUUGAGCUUGGACCACGAGGCUACAAAAGCGACGGCCACUGUCAGGGACCUCGCAGAUAUGACUGGACGUAGUCAACACCAGCCCUGGCAUCGCCGGUGCCCACUGCCGCCUGAGAGGACAACUCCGGGUUCUGUACACAAUAAAGCCCUCAUUUUGGUGUCUUCCGUUUUCUUCCUUCAAACAUGGGAUUUUGCCCGAAGAUAGUAGCGUUCUGAGUACAGACAUACACACUCACACCGCUUGAUCACGAUAAAUUGGUGACCAGCGAUCUCCAGACGUGGUUGAACCGCAACUGACACUCUCCAUGAACGGACGCUUAUCUCUGUCGCAAGCAAACAGCCAACUUACGGCAACCUGCCCUGCGUAUAGAAUAAACUAGUCCCCACAGCUCCCUAACUUCUGACAUUACACGAAACGAACUCAUUGUGCGUGGUUUAGGUUGAUCUCACAUCCUUGACCGCCAUACUCUUGCCUUGACCAUCAUGACCGCCGAUGUCCGCAGUGUGCUCCAAAGCCGGGCGAGAGCAUGCGCGGUGACUCGCGCAGCAGCUCCCGCACUCUCUCUCCUCCUCCUCCUCCUCCCCAUAUGGGCCCGAGCUCAAAACAUAGUUAAGAAGGCCAGAGGUGAUGGGGGGCGCCGGUGGAUGGCACAGCACGAUUUCAACCAGCAACAAAACUUGGUCAGAAAGGGCAGAGGAUGACACAAGUCACUAGGCAACCAGACGCACGGUCUGCAUACCCAGCGGGGGUAAACGCAUCUAUCGGCUGGAAACAACAUGCCAGGGAACUGCCAACGCACACCCGGCUGCGAGAGCCAUGGUUUGUCGAUUAUGGCAUAGCAGACGCAUAAAAUGCUUAACGUCCUGGUUGCUUUUAUUUGCCCACUGCAUGUGGUUAAAGAGGCCGACACGAGAUUCGUCCAAGUUUUGUCACUGCAAAGGUAUCCACUCAGUUGUCCGUCCCACAGCGUUCCGCAUAUGAGUUCUAAUUGGUAACUUCAUUUCGGAAAUUACGAUCUACAGUGUCGCCCGAACUUUAUAAACAAACAUGUAAUGAUGUUUUCAGACUGGAAUUCAUUACUCGCCCGUUGUAUUUGAGUCAAAUAUCAGUAGAAGAGGGGGAAAGGUGCAUUUAGGAGAGUUUGUAUGAAAGGGUUUUAUUUAAAACAUGCUGCCAAUAGAAUUGCAAGCAGGUGCAAGCAGGAAGCUCCUUCUCUAGUCCUGAACGAACUGAACAAGUUAUGCAUUUUGCUUUCAAGAUGCCAAAACCCACAUAGGCGGACGCCUCAGCAGUAGAAGAAUAUGACAACUGGUUCUUACCGUAGUGGAAUGCAUACUGAUACUUGCAAAUGGCCACCAUAGUAGUGGCUAAUAGAUUUUCAGUUCGUCAGACCUAACAAGGUCUAAUCUCUAACAGAGCGCAAAAUGCGCGCUUUUUAGACCAACACCCCUCUGAAAUUGGCUUAUAUUACGAGCUUUGAAGGAUUCUACAGGAUUGCCUUCAUACCGCCGUUGAAAAGUUUUUGAGACGAACCCAGAAGAUGGCAUAAAUCAGUGCCUCACAUGACAGCGAUGACCUUGGCCUGUCAUCGUCACCUGUACAUGUAGGUUCGUCUCGGCGACAUGGAGCGCGUAUGUCAAACUCCUGGAGCAGUGGAUUUUUGCGCGCUUUGAUCUGUCGAAGAAGCGCGAAAAGUCCAUAGCCGACAUCUUAUGACUUCAUCAGAAGGAUAAGCGGAGAUUACGCAGAAAAGCCAGCCGACAAUCGAUGUUCACAUGGCACAGACGUGACUUUUAGGCAAAAAUGUAACAUCCGACUCUCCCAAAAAUGGUUACUCGGGGGUCUCUCAACUUUGUCCUUAUUUUGCGUUUUCACGCCACCGCCCUCGAGGUAUUCAGACGGGAGCUUGAAGACCAAGAGCACGACCGCGGCGAUUCAUGCGCUCCCAAAGUGUGCGUUUAUAUGAGAAAUCGAGGUUGAUCGCGGUAACAGUCAGUACAUUCAUAUUAGAUUUUGGACCUGUAAAACUGUCCAUCAUCGUUGCUGCAUAUGAAAGACACGUCAUCUGCUUUCUCAAUGCACGUCGGGGCAUGAAUCCUCGGCUAGAAAGUAAGCUGCGUCAGUUGACCCUUACGAAUCAACAUGUGACUGAUCGGUAGACCAGACCAUGGUACAGUUCCCGGAGGUCGAAGCCGCCUAGCGGCUUUCCAUCCCCCUCGUUGUCCCCUCCUCCCUCUAGCGCAUUAAAAUCCUGUCCGCAAAGGGAAAUUCAUGGACUGUUUCUUGGACGCAUGCUAUCACGUGUGACAACGGGUUUCUCUCCUUCCGCGCGUCCAGUCUUCAUGAAAUCUAUCCUUUGUGUUUCGAGGGCGACUUGUGACAUCAUAUCUGGCUGCGGACAGUUGAUGACUGACCUGACAUUCGGUUGCGCGUUACCCGUCUGACAGGUCAAUAGUUGCUGGAUACUCAGGCUUUUGAUGUCAAUAGCUCCUUGAGUCGGCAUUCCGAUCAACCUCCCGCAUGUUGGGUACUGCGUCUUACAAUCGGACGAUGCGACGCCUCCUUUAGUCCAUGGCACGCAAUCGUCGUGCACUGAUACACUCUUCCUUCAUAAUUGUUGAUUGUGCGUCCAAUAGCAAAGACCGUCUCGGAGGUCAAGCUGCCUUCUUAAUAAUAUCUGAAACCUUUUCUGCCCUGCAGACAUUCGCCCAUGUUGUGCCUAAAACUGUUAAUGGCUUGAAGGAACCGGCACUAAGCGGCCAAGUUAGUCUUCACGUUAAAUGCAUUCCAAACCUUAGGAUCCACUAGAUAAACUCAAAAAUUUAACUGCAAUUAUACCUCUGGUUAAGUAAGCUUAGUUUUUAACCUCUAGGAUGAUGUUCGCAGUCAGUUCUUACGACCAGAAUUGUAAUUCGAUUUGGCGAGGUUUGGUCCUGCAUCCCCUCCUGAGUGAUGCAAUAUGCUUAGCCUUCGAAUAAAAUUCUAGUAGAUGCAAAUACGCUGACUUUCCAAACAUCACGUAUUGGCAUCUUCUCACCAUUUUAAUCCAGCGCGUGACUGUGCCACGGGGAGGAGGGCAGCUUAUACUCCAGCCUCGGUUGCUUCAGGUAUCAGUUCACAUGCGUUUCGCUGCGCGUACUUCGAGCCCUGCUUGCGCCCUCUUCAUUGCCUUAAUUCAUCGAUCGGCUAAGUUGACUUACUAAUGGAAUUGGUCGGACGAUGUGGAACUCCGUAAGUUCCACUACAGUGGCCAUGCACUGCGAAUUACCACGCGGCUUCCCCCAUGGACUUCCAGUUUUGAUUGCGCCCUCCUUGUCCUCUCAAUCCACUGAGUAGCUGUGUGGGAAGGGGGGGAGUGUGUACACGCCACCUUCACUUGCCUCCCUGCGAGUGCUUUAAGCUCUGCUUGCCCUCUCCUCCCCUUCCUAAUUCAGCGAGUUGUUAAGUUAGGUAUGCUGACUAAUAUUGUUUUAGUAGGCUAACCAUGUGGUAUCAGUCAGGUACGGCUGGAGAACUAAACCUCCCCGAUUAUUUUUAACCCCUGGGAAGAUGUUUGCAGUCAGUUAUUACGACCAGAAUUGUAACGCGAUUUUUCGACUGGAGUGAAAAGAAAGGAACAUUUGAGAAUAAUUUUAUCAUCAGGAGUGUGCGACCGAUGCGGCACUUAAGGCAGAAUACGACGCAUAGAAGUGCAUACACUUCGAAACUGUUUCCGUGCUAGUUGAAAUCAAAUUAUCGGGAUACCGAAAUGGUGUCGCGUACUUAGAAUAAGAGUUACCAAGCCAAGAUAUUUUUGACUGCAUACGUGCUAUUCUUUUUGACAACCGUUUCGCUAGUAGGCUAACAUACCUAAAGCUUGUUUCGAAUCCUCUCAAAAUUCUAUUUUAAUAUUAAUAAAUACUGAUAGGCACGUCAGUCAAAUGUUUUUAUUUGAUUCUUAUUUUCCACGGUGGGUUAUCAAAAUUAUCAUUUCAGACUUCAUCCAGGAACGGUGAAGAAGCUUAUGACUAAAUAUACUUUUAAUACUUUUAUGAGAUUAUUUAUUUUUUCCAAAAGUAAGCUAGGCCAAUUUGCUUCUUGAAGGGAAAUGCGUUUUUUAUGUAAAAUGCCUUGUGUUCAAAAAGUAAGGUGUCCGGCGAAUUAUGGAUGUCUUUCCCCUAACAAAUUCGAGUUUAAUAAGGCGACGUAAACUGCCCUCGUUUAGAAAAUGUUCAAAUUUUUUUAAAAAACUUCCAAUGUUUCCUACAAAUUAGAAGGAGAGUAGUAAAUUGCUUAGUAAAUUUGAGAACGUUGCUCGAAAAUAGGAAUUUCCGGGUGUCGUGAGAGUUAUAAAAGGUUCAUAAUAUUAACAUUGCCCAUUUGUUCGGGGCCACGAUUGUCAGGUAAACGUGCGUCAACACAAAGUUGAAAGAACUGAAAUUCUCCAAGACUGCGUGAAAAUUAAACAUGAAUCCUAGCGGAUAAAAUAUCUUUUUUAACAAAAGGAAAUACUUUUUCAUGCGCAGAGUUAAAAUGAACACAUAGUAUAUUCAUGUUUACCGGGAUUCCAAAAGAACCUCUAGAACUUACCCAACGUCUUGUCCUUCGCAAAAAGAUAUUUUAUUUGCCAGGAUUCGUGUGUGAUUAUUUUCCUCACUCUUGACAUCAAAUUUUUAUUUGGAGUCAAAUUUAUCGGUGGGCUACAAAGUAACAUUUGGGAAGGUGGUAAAAUUUAACUUCUUCACUCUGACCAACCUGUGAAAAACUUGGUGCCUCGGUGGAACUCGAACCCACGACAGAAAGAGGAAGGCUUUAGCACAGCCUUUAGUACGGCUUUAGUAAAGCCUUCACCUUGCUGUCUUAGGUUCGAAUCCCACCUAGGCAUUGAGUUUUUCACUAUUGGUUCAAAGUGACUUAUUUGAAAUCUGCCAAAACACCACUGAAUUUUAAUUCUAACUAUCACGUCAGUUAUUAAACCUGGAAGGGACGUGAAAGGCUGUCUAACCCAAAUGCUUCAAGUGGAACUACCUGAGGAGCUUAAAGAUAGGCAUCUAAUCCGUCAGUGCUGCCCGCAAUGCGUAGACAAUUAAGGCCAUUCUUGCAUUCCGCACCUCAGUAAGUGAAGUGCAAGUUGGAGCAUUUACGCGUGACUUGCUGGGAGUGAUAAGAACCCACCAGAUAUUGUGCCCCGUGGGGCUGUAUAAGACGGUUUGCGUAUAUUGACCUGUCUGGUUGCUAGGCGAUGACUUAAAACAAAACCACCACCCCAACAUGUCAGUUGUGAAUUGGUUGUAGGCGUAGCGUGUGUGUGUGUGUGUGCAUCUAUAAAAGCCCUGUACAUUCUCAAUUCCAACAUUUGUUCCAGUUGGCUACCUGUUUAACACAGCAAACUCGGUAAGUGUGAGCAUUUACGAAUCUUCCUCAUGAGAGGCUGAGAUGAGUUCUUCCACAGUCUGUUUCCAUAACAGUUACAUUUAGGCUAAAUGAUCUUAACCUGACAGAAAUAUGCAAUAAGUUGAAAUUACUUGUAAUUUAUGAAGCAUUGUAAAUCCUGGAAUACAGUUCUUGUGGCUUUUGCGCGGUUUGUUGCCCAGUAAAGUCUACCAUUUGCUUUGAAAUAUUACUAUACUUGAUACAAAAUAAGCCUAAAGGGCUUUUUUUUCAAAUACCAUGUGCGUCCUUCGGGCAUGGUUGAGUAAUAAAGUUCCCCUUUUCUUUUCAGCGGUUAACAACAUGUGUUGCGCGGUUGCAGCUCUACUCAAGUUUGUCAUCUCCACAGUGAAUGUGGUGUUGGGGGUAAGGUUUUUCUUUGCCACAUUUUGACGCGUAAACCAUCCUUAUUCUGAGGAGGCAUAACGCUGACCUUUUAUGAACCGUCAAUUAUUCAAAUUCCAUUGUAACCACUACGCAACCGCUCAAAACAUCUCCUUUUUUCCCCAAAAAACAGAUUGGAUUCCUCGUUGUGGCGCUGAUGGGAGUCCUUCUAAAGUCGUCCGCCUCCUUCGUCAAGUCCCUCCUUAACAAAGCUCUCAGUUUUGGCGGUAAAAUUGAGGAUGAACAAGCCAACUAUCUGACUAAUUUUGUCCUUGAUAAUUCAAGUAAGUUUUGUUAGAACUGCCUAAGUGGAACAUUAAACAACGUAAAGACCUCCCCUAGCCUUGUGACAGCGCAGAUGCGGUAAAAAAGGCACGUUUCCGCUUGCAUUUUAGCCGGUGUCUCUGUCAUACUCAUCGUGGUUGGCUUGGCGCUGGCCAUCCUCUGUUUCAUUGGCGCUUUUGCCUCCUGCUGUGCUUGUGGAAUUCUCCUUAAGAUUGUAAGCAAAUUUAUUUAUUUUUUUACAAAAUGCUACUUCCAUUGGCCCUUGAUUUGGUCAGAAUAUGCAGGACUGGGCACACAAUUUGAUCGAAGGCUCUUUUAAGGAGUGCGUAGGCUUUAACAAAAACAUCCAUAUUUUGUGGUGCUUUCGUAUUUUUGAGUUUACUUGUCACGAAUAGCGGCCUGAUGUUUAGCCGGUCACUUGUUAUUUGCUUGACAAAGGCUACCUUGAAUAAAUCAAAUGGACACCCUAAAGAUAGGCCUGGAAAGCGAGAUUUUGUCAGAUGUGUUGUAGCACUUUUAAUGGCUUCACAUGACAUACUAUUAGAGGCAGGAAGUUAGCAUUUUACUCUGUUUUGUUUUUUUCUAGUAUGCAAUCAUUCUGGUCGUUCUCCUCGUUGCUCAAAUUAUCGCAGUGGCAGUCCUCUUCUCAAAUCCCACAAAGGUACCUACCAUUGCUGCUUGAAUCUUCAAGAAAAAUAUGCUUUCUUCUUUGUUCUUUUGACUGAUGCGACUUAUUCCUAAUAAAUCCCCCCAAGUUUCAUUUGACAAGAAGACAGUUACGCUGUUUGCUAGUCACUUAAAGGCAUAAUAUCUUUUUUUGAUUUCUAGCUAACACAAUCAAUUGACACCGCCAUGACGGAACUGCUGAAGCACUUCAACCAAACUGACGACUUUGGAAAAGCCUCAUCUGCAAUAUGGAUGUUAACUAUGACAGUAAGAAUACCAAUUAUUGAGUUUUCAUCAUGUUUUCUGCGACGGUGUUGUUUAAAAGACAGAAUAGGUGCAUAA